UUGAAUAGUAGCACAUUUUACAAACUGCAGCUGGAUUCUGCACACGUGGUUGAACUUUGUGUAAUUUAUGUUAAAUUAAAUCAUUGAGAUGAAGCCUGUCAUAUGGAGCACCGCUUUGUUUGUCACCUUCAUCUGCAGCCCGUGUAAUGUGAUAAGCAAUCGCUUGCAUUCACGAUCAUUAGAAAAACCGAAAGCCGAGAGAUCGGUUUGCACUACUCAGGAAUGCAAAGAACUUGCAAAAGUGUUGAUAGAAAGCAUGAAUCAAACUGCGAAUCCGUGUGAAGAUUUCUAUGAAUAUGCAUGCGGAAAUUGGGCGAAACAUAAUCCUCUUCCAAAGGGUGAGAUGCGGUGGAAUUUAUUGGCUAAGGCUGAAAGGAUAGUUGACGAGCGUCUCAAAGAAAUGUUCGAAGAGGAAGCCAAGCCUGGAGAGAUUUACGCCUCACGAGUUGCCAAGCGAGCACUUAAGGCUUGUUUGGACACAGAUAAAGGAGAGAAGGAAGGACUCCAACCACUCAUAUCAACGAUGUGGAGAGUAGGUGGAUGGCCGUUAAUAAUGGAAGAAAAUGAAUGGGACGAGAAAAUGUUAAUGUGGCAAAAUGUCGAUGAUUAUUAUGCUCUUCUGAUAGGACUGAAUAGCUUUCACGAUGUACACAUUGACAUAGACUACCUGGACGGUAUGAAAAUGAAUCUAAUGGUAAAGACCCCUCACCUGCCUUACAAAAUAUACAGCAUUUACAGCGUCGAAGAAACUGAGACAGACAGCAGCGAUGAAAACAAUGAUAGUAAGGAAGGAAGUCAAGAACCCGGCAGCCACGAACGUAAAGACCCUGAAGGAUCAGGAGAGAGUGACGACGAUGAUGAAGAUAGAUACAAAGUAUUAAGAAGAAUUGAUAGCCAUAAAAUACAUAAAAGACGAAAUAAUAAAGAGCACAUCAAUGACCGAAAGAUGAAACACUACAUGAAAAAUAGUCUGCACAAAUCUAAAAGAUGGUAUAGUGAAACGAAUAAUAAAAAAAAUAAAUACGAAGACGAGGAUAUGUAUUUUGAAAAUACUUAUAAUGAAAAGAAUAAUGAGGUCUCGGAAGAAAAUGAUGAAGAAAAUAACAAUAGUAAGAACAGCGAAGAUAAUGAAUCGGAUGGUCAAGAUUAUAGCAGCAGUGGUGAUUACGGAGACGCUGAAGAUGACAGCGAAGAUGACGCUGACGAUGACGCUGACGAUGACACUGCAAGUAAGGAAGCUGAUAAUAGUAAAGAAGAAGCAAAGAAGAAAGUUGAAAAAGCGAGAAAAAAAUAUGCGGAGUACAUGUUAAAUGUUAGUAUAGCGUUAUCCGAAGCUAGGGGUGUCCCAAUACCAAAAGAGCAGCUUAUGAAAGACAUUGCUGAUCUGAUUAAAUUCCAAAUAAAUAUCAUGAAGUAUUCAUCUAGGCCUGGAGAAAUGUUGAAUACCACAUUACAAUCAUUCCAAGAAAAAUAUGAUUCUUUAGAAAGAACAUCGAGCUCGAAGGUAAAUUGGGCGAGGAAAGUACAAGACUUGUUUUCCUACGGGGGGAUGGAAAUUGAUGUAGAAAAUGACGUAGCGUUCAUUUCGGGCUAUGAUUAUUUCAAAAAUUUACGCAAUUUAUUAGAUACUACGCCAAAGAGAACUCUUGUGAAUUACAUACACUGGAAUUUUCUCAGUAGAGUAAUAAAAGCCAGUACGAAAAAAAUGAGAGAUUUAUACUAUGAUUGGCAUGGCACACCAAUGGAUGAUGCAAAAAAAUUAAAAUAUUGUAUCGACGAAAUACAGGCCCAGUAUAUUUUAGGGUAUGAAUACGUGAAACGAUAUUUCUCGGAUAAAAUUUUAGAAACGGCUCUAGACAUGGUUGCUGAUAUUCAAAAAGAAAUCGAGUACGAAGUUAAAAAAGCUUCUUGGAUGAACGAUGAAGUCAGACAUAUUCUUUUAGAUAAAUUAGUGUACAUGAGAACUCUUAUUGGAUACCCGGAUUAUGUAUCAUGCUCACUUAAAAAUUUAUUAAUCUACAGUUUGCGUUCAGACCCGUUGAUAGUAAACGCUUUUUUCUCACCCUUCGAAAAUGCAAUCGAAAUAACAGCAGCAGAUUUCCAGAAGCCAUUUUUUGACUUCAAACAGCCAUGGUACACAAACUAUGCUACUAUAGGACUGAUUAUGGGCCACGAGGUGAAUCAUGGAUUUGAUAUCUUCGGUCGACAGACUGAUAAAAAUGGUAAAGUAAUAGAAUGGUCACCAGAAAUGACAGAAGAAUACGAGAAACGGGCAAAAUGUUUUAUGGAUCAAUUUACCAAGUAUAGCGUCGUGAACAAUAAAACAGCAAAUAUUGCUAUCGAGGAUUAUGGUGAACAAACUGCUCCUGAAAACAUCGCUGAUUCAAUGGGUUUAAGAGUUGUGUAUAAAGCGUAUCAGCGAAGGCUACGAAAAUGUAACGAACCAGAUGGUGUAUUACCAGGAUUAGAGAAUCUGAAUAACGAACAACUAUUUUUCUUAUCCUUCGCUUACAUGUGGUGUGAGGUUGCAGACCCGGAACAACUAUUGAAAACAUUGAUAAGAGAUUCACAUAGCCCAGGCGAGUUAAGAGUGAUCGGUCCGAUAUCCAACAAUGAAGACUUCGCAAAAGCUUACGAUUGUCCCUUGGGCAGUCCUAUGAAUCCUAAGAAGAAAUGUAACCUUUGGGAAUAAGAAGAAUGCUUCGCUCGAAGAACAAUUGAAAGAUUAAUGGACCACCGGAAAUUACAACAUUCUUCUUUAUAUUCUACACUUUUCUAAGAUUAAAACGAGAAUUAUAUACAUGUAAUCAAUCAAUCCCAGAUA